AAAAAAAAGGAAGAAGAAGCAGACGGGGCGAAUUAGUCGGAAUAGGUUUUCAGGCUUCGGCAGUCGUAGUAGAGCGGUACGCCGCGUUUGACCGUUAUUUUGCGGAGAUUUUUGCCAGUUUUAGGAGAAGUUUCUCAGGACAAAGCAUUCUUUGUCUUGCACAUUUGUUACAAGAGUUUAUUGGAAAGCGGAAAGCUUUUCCCUUCCUUCGUCGGAGCAGAACAUCUAAAGAAGAAGAAGCGGAAGCAGUAGCAGCAUCCGUUUGUUCCCCCUUUCAACUGUGUGUGCGCGCGCGUGUAUGUAUGCAUGUGUGUGUGUGACCCUGUCUGGUGGUGCAUUCGAAAUCAAAGAUACCCGUGACACGACGCUUCGAGUGUAUACGUGUGUUGUGUACCAGUGAGUGCGCACACUUCAUCUCAAACAAGUGAGAACACACAGUAUUUGGAAAGUGUCGGGGCAGCGUGUUGUGCAAACGCUGUGUGCAGUGCUUAGAGAAAAAGCACAGCUUUAAAGGACAACGCUUGAUUAAAAAAAAACAGUUUGUGAACAUUUUUGAACUAUAAAAUUGCAGUGAAUUUGGUGGCGAGAUAUCAAACAGAACAGUACGUAAUUACUCUUCCCAAGGUGUGCAUCGCCGUAAGUGUGUGUGUGUAUAGGAAACUAGGGCGUUCGGUAAAACUGUUUCGGUAAAACGGUACCGCUUCACCCCCGCUAAAAAAGAACACUUUUCUCAUCGUAACUUUCGUCCCAAAUCCUACGGUGGAAGGAAGACAACAAAACCAUACGAACGCUCACUGUAAUAUGAGUAAUGCUAUUAACCAAAAUGGUACAGGUCUAGAACAGCAGUUUGCUGGUCUGGACUUGCAGCAGAAGCAGCAGCAACUUGGCGGCGGCGGUGGCAGCAACCCAGAAUCCGGAAAUCCUAAGCAUCCGGCCGGGCGGUACGUACCACCGCAAUUGCGAGAAUGUGCUGAUAGCGGUGGCGACUUUCAACCUGCUGAUACCGGUGCCGGCGUUGGUCCUGUAAGCGGCGGCGGUAUCGGUGGCGGAGGUGGCAGACGGGGUGGAUACGGCGAUUCGAACCGGAAUCGUGGCGGCGGCGACUUCGGGCGCUACGGCGAUCGUGACUAUCGCGGAGGCGACUUUAACAGGCGUAGCGGAGGCGGCGGUGGCGGCCGCUAUCAGAACGAUCGGCGCGGCGGCGACUACGGCAACUAUGGCCGCGGCGGUGGCGACCGGGGCUACAACAAUGGCGGUGGCUUCCAGCGCGGCGGGGACGGCGGGGGCUAUCAGAAUUCUGAAGGUUUCGGAGGCGAUCGGCGGGACAACAACUGGGGGUCGUACGGUGGCGCUCGUGGUGGUCCGGGUGGCGGACCGCCAGCCGUUGGCCGUGAUCGACCCAUGGACGGGCCGCCUCAGAAUGAUCGCUGGCCGGAGCCGGGAGCGGCAAUGGGCCCGCCCGGACCGGGCAGCGUCGGCAGCGGCGGCGGAACCGGUCCCGGUGAAGGGGCCGGCGCCGCAGCCGCCGGUGGCAGAUCGUUCUACGAUCGUGGAUCGAACGGCGGUGGCGGACGCUGGCCGAGUGGUUCCGAUCGGCGCGACGGCCGCGGUGGCGGCGCCGGAGGCGGAGGAUACGGCGGCGGUGGCGGUGGAUCCGGACGCGGCCAGAUCGACUACACAGUGCUCACCGAGCGGGACGAGCGUCUGGAGGCGGAGCUGUUCAAACACGGCAACACCGGUAUCAAUUUCAGCAAGUACGAAGAUAUUCCCGUGGAGGCGACGGGCGACGACGUGCCCGGCCACAUCAAUACCUUCGACGACAUUGAGCUGACAGAGAUUAUCGAUAACAACAUAAAGCUGGCACGCUACGACAAACCGACGCCGGUGCAGAAGUACGCGAUCCCGAUCAUCCUGUCCGGGCGGGAUCUGAUGGCGUGCGCGCAGACGGGCUCGGGCAAGACGGCCGCCUUCCUGGUGCCGAUCCUGAACCAGAUGUACAAGCACGGGGCGGCCGCGCCGCCCCCGAACCGGCCGAUGAACCGGCGCAAGCAGUACCCGCUCGGGCUGGUGCUGGCGCCGACCCGCGAGCUGGCGACGCAGAUCUUCGAGGAGUCGAAGAAGUUCUGCUACCGGUCGCGCAUGCGCCCGGCCGUACUGUACGGCGGCAACAACACGCAGGACCAGAUGCGCGAUCUCGAGCGCGGCUGCCACCUGAUCGUGGCGACGCCCGGUCGGCUGGAGGACAUGAUCGGGCGCGGCAAGGUCGGGCUGGACAACAUCCGCUUCCUGGUGCUGGACGAAGCCGACCGCAUGCUGGACAUGGGCUUCGAGCCGCAGAUCCGGCGCAUCGUCGAGGAGAGCCGCAUGCCGGUGACGGGCGAACGGCAGACGCUCAUGUUCUCCGCCACCUUCCCGAAGGCGAUCCAGGAGCUGGCGAGCGACUUCCUGUACCGCUACAUCUUCCUGGCGGUCGGGCGCGUCGGCUCGACCUCGGUCAACAUUACGCAGACGAUCUUCUGGGUGGAGGAAAACAUCAAGCGCUCGCAUCUGCUCGAUCUGCUGUCGAACAUCACCAAGCUGAACGACGGGGACGACGAGAACUGUCUGACGCUGAUCUUCGUCGAGACGAAGAAGGCGGCCGACUCGCUGGAGGAGUUCCUGUACAACCACAACUUCCCGGUCACGAGCAUCCACGGCGAUCGUACGCAGGCGGAGCGCGAGGAGGCGCUGCGCCUGUUCCGCUGCGGCCGCUGCCCGAUCCUGGUCGCGACGGCCGUGGCCGCCCGCGGGCUGGACAUUCCGAACGUGAAGCAGGUGAUCAACUUCGAUCUGCCGGCCGAGGUGGAGGAGUACGUGCACCGCAUCGGUCGUACCGGCCGUAUGGGCAACCUCGGUACCGCCACCUCCUUCUUUAACGAGAAGAAUCGCAACGUGGCGAACGGGCUGGUGCGCCUGCUGGCCGAGACGGGGCAGGAAAUUCCCGGCUUCCUGGAGGAGAUGACCAACAGCCGCAGUUUCGGGGGCAAUCGCCGCGGCCGUGUACCGCGCGGCGGUGGUGGCUCGACCUUCGGCUCACGAGAUUACCGUCAGCAGAACAGUGGCCGCUCGGGCGGUGGCUCGCGCGAUCAUCGUCCAAUGGGCGGUGGCGGUGGUGGUGGUGGUGGUGGUUCCCGCGGUGGUUAUGGCGGCGGUGGUGGCGGUGGCGGUGGAUAUGGCGAACGUGACGACGGCUACGGACGCAAUGGUGUUGGCGGUGGUAGCUAUGGAGGAAGCUACAGCAACAACGAUGGCGGCAACGGCGUCGACUGGUGGGGCGAUGGUUACUGAGGCCACCCACAGCGCAGCAUCCGGUAAAGCGCUGCAGGCCGGCUAUUUUGCACCGCAUUAUUAGUGUCGGGUGCAAAAGAUAGUUGCAUCAAGAUAGCAACAACAACAACAACAACAAUAUAACAAAAACAUACUUGCUCUAAGUUAAUAAAAAAACACUCUCACACGCAUUAUGCAACAACAGCUACGAAAAAAAACACAAAUAAAUUACACUUGCAAAAGUAUAACUAAUCGGCAAACAAAUCGUCUGUAGAGAAGAGAAAACAAGGGUUAGGAACAAAGGAGAGAAAAUGUUUGCAAAAGCGCAGCGCAGACGUUAAGUCAGCAACAAAAAAAAGAACACCAUGAUAUGCGAGAGUCUCAUUGAAAGCAAAAACACCGUUAAUCAGGAUCAGAUAUGAGAUACAAGCGCGAAGAGUACGCGCGUGUGUGAAUCAAGGAAGCAAAAAAGGAAAAAACAACAGGAAAAAAGGAGGUAGAGAUAGUAAGACAAACAUCAUUCGAUACGAAGAGUACAGGAUGUGUGCAAAUGUAUGCGAGAGCUUCUUGAAGAGAGAGCAAAAAGAUAGAUAGUGAACAUCUAUUUAGCGUACAAAAUGGAGAGAAGAGAGAAGAGAGAGUGUCAUGUACAACAGAAGUUUAGUUCUCUCUCAGAUCAGAACAAAGCUGAUACACUAAUGCACAUCUGCGCGCGCAAACCAUGGAAAGUUAAUGGAUGAAUCUAAAAACGAAACACGUGUAAAACUCACUCUACUCUACUGCAGAAAGUUAUUGCAGGACAACAAAAAAAAAAGGAAAUCACCCCGUCAACAACUGAAAUAUGAAGAAAAAAAAACUUGGCAGUGAAGCCAAUUAUUGAACUUCCCGAACAUUUUAUGUUUUACACUUAUUAAUACACCUUUCAAUUAUAAGUAGACACACAUACACAAAAAAAAACAACGCUAACGGACGAUUGAUAUUCGAAUGGUACGAAAGAACGGCGAUCGCAGCACUUGUGCAGCAAAGGAGAAACAGAUCAUUUCUUCUCAUUUACAUUGGAAGAAAAACAGCGCAUUGCCAUUUGUGUUCUAUCGGCAAACAUUCCCUUUCCCAUCUCGGGAUGGCGGGAUGUGGCAAACACUCUGAUCCGUCAGCUAACAGUUUAACACUGGCUGCGCUCCCCCUCCCCCCCACCAAAAGACGUCUCAGAGUUGCAAACAAUAGACAUAUACUUUUAGUAAAAGCGAAAUGCCAACGAAAACUGAAAGCGAGAAAGUAGGAGGAAACGUUUUUGGUGGUUAGCCAACUCUGCCUGCUACUCUAGCUCGCACUCCGCUUUCACACCGUUAAACACUUGCCACACAUGAGGUAAAAAUCAUCAUUCCUUCAUGUCCUUGUCGUUAAUUUGGCGCAGCAUACGAGGGGACAUGCUGUAAGAGGGGUGUGGUGGCGAUCGGCGAUGGUGAUCGAUCAACAACUACUGCUUGAGAGAAUCAGAGACUAUUAGGAACCGUAAACUAUAUGUACUGGCGCGUUUUGAUGCGGUGAAAGCCCAGCUAAAAGCGUGCUUUCUUCCGCUGCAAAAAGCCGCGCCACCAGUUACAACCGAUCUCUGAGAUCAUCCGAACGCGAGCGCGCGCUGCACUUAAAGCCCCGGGGAUCGCCGUUCAUAUUGUUGUGCAAAACCAGUUCAUACAUGCCCGUACGGGGAGAGUGUGAAUGGGCGCCAUGCAUAUUAUAGGUAAAAUGGGAAAGGAAAUUCGGCACACUUCGGAACAGGCUACAUAGGGAAUGGUUAGCGAUUAAACAAAUAAGCCACAGUGUGGACACAAGCCCUUGGUGUAGCGCAAGUGCUCGAUACUCUUGGCGUGUCGAACGCCGGAUGGAAGAAACAAUGUCUAAGAAAGGAAGGGCAUCUCAUGAUGCAAUCGCAUCUAAAGGAGCAGCAUAAUGUGCAACGCUCACGAUAGCAUAGAAGAACUGGGGACACACCCGUCCACGAAGUAUUAUAAAACGCUGUAGUGGGCAACAAAUAGAGGAGUAGCAUCAAUGCGCGUACCACGAUCUAGGCAUACACCAACACACAUAAUACUACACACGAGCAUGAUUAAUAAACAUAAUAAACAACAACAAC